UGACGUCAUGAUUACGUCAUCUGACAGGAAAUCCCCACAUUUUCGCGCCAACCAAAUGAGUUGCCGAGUAACGUGCUGCUUAAUCAUUCCUUAACCGAUAUGUUUAUGUAUUUAUAUGUCUUUGGCUGCUAUAUAUAGUAUACUAGAGCCUAACUUCCUCACGGAGAGCACGUACACUCGCUACAGAAUCGGAUGGCAAAUUCUAUGGAGAUCUUGAGUCAAACACAUCAACCGUUGCUUCCGCACACUGUCUCCACUCCUCAACAUCCUGUUGUCAUGGCAACAUCAUCUUUAACAUCCAAGGACAAGCUUCUGGAGUCUUGUGAGAAGGCUCUGAAGGACCAGCCUCCUUUGCUGAAGAGGUCGUUUGUUUCUAUUGCAGGAGGGGAGGGGGAAGUGAGAGAAGGAAAUGUUUUUCGCGUGAUGCAAUGGAACAUCUUGGCACAAGCACUCAGCCAAGCAGACGACAGUUUUGUCCGUUGCCCACCGGCAGCGCUCAACUGGGAUGUGAGGAAGUUCAGAAUCCUGGAAGAGAUUCUGACCUAUGACUCGGACGUGCUGUGUUUCCAAGAAGUUGACCACUACCACGACUUCCUAGAACCAGCCCUGAAGAGUCUAGGCUACCGCGGGCUGUUUUACCCCAAGCCUGACUCUCCCGCGCUCUACUGCCCGAAUAACAACGGCCCAGACGGCUGUGCUCUCUUCUUCAAGAAGGAGAAAUUCUCGUUGGUUGAUGCAGAUGGCAUUGUGUUAUCCUCCCGUGGUUUCGAAACAAACCAAGUGGCUUUGUUUGCCAAACUGCAGUUCUCAGAUCCAUCCACAGGGAGCGCAAAGCCCUUUGUUGUGGGAGUGACCCACCUCAAGGCAAGGAAAGGUUGGGAAAGGCUUCGAUCCGAACAGGGUAAGGAUUUGCUGAAACAGACACAGAAGUUUUCGGGGAAAGGUACGCCUGUUGUUUUGUGUGGGGACUUCAAUGCAGAACCAACAGAACAUGUCUAUAGUGUGAUGAGUCAAAGUAAGAUGAAGUUAAACAGUGCUUACAAGAGUCUGAGUGACGACAAAACAUCAGAACCAGUUUACACGACAUGGACUGUCAGGACUGACGGGGAAUGGCGCCAAACGUUAGACUACAUCUUCUUCUCCAAAGACAAGUUCCAGGUGGAAACAUGUCUUGAGAUUCCUCCAGAGGAGUUGGUGGGAGAGACAAGGUUACCUUCUCACACUUACCCAUCCGAUCACCUGUCCCUUGUCUGUGACUUCAAGCAAAUUUAGGAUCACAGAAAUUCAAUGUGAUGUCCACCAAAGUAGUGGAACAAGCAAUAAGAUAAGGAUUUACUCCUCAUAAUUUAUACAAAGUCUCUAAAUUGUACAAUAAAAUAAAGUGUAGUCUGAAAUCAGGUAUUCAAUCUAAUCUAGAUAAGACAUGCACAUGCACCGUUACCUCAAAAUAUAACUGUAUACAAAGCAGGAUGAUAGACUCAAAUCAUGCAGAUACAUGUAUAUUCAGAAUGUGGAGCAGUUAUCAUGUACAAAUGAGUACAGUAGCAAAAACACAUAUGAAGGUAGGAUGCACACAAGAGCAUAGUUGACAGUUGAAGAAAUUUGAUCUAGGAACCAGUUGAUUUUU